AUGGUCCUCAUUCGAAACUUUUCCAUCCAGUUGGUCAAUGCCGCCACAAAGGUACCCUUUAAAGAACACUUCCACGACGGUAAGGUCUACGCAGAAGUAGAGCCCGGAGUGGAAUACUACAUUGAAGUGGAGGUCAUGGGAAUGAACAACAAGGCCCAACCAUUUUUGAUAGACUAUAUCGUGGAUGGCACCAAGCUGGGAUACAAAACUUCCCUUUGUGAAGCCAAUGGCAAGUACUAUGCUGGCUUGUCAUCUCGAAGUAGCGAGGGACGGUCCACCAUGCGAGCCCUGGCUUUGCAUCGACCUCCACUGGUGCACACCAACAUGCCGACAUCUGCCGUGGAAGGCACCGUGGUGGUGGACAUUCAACAAGCCCUUGCGUCAGGAAGACAGUGGUACGGACAGGGUACGGGCCACACAAUGGUGGCACCCAAGGUUGUCUCUGCCAACUUGACGCUGUCUGGCCCGAAUAAUACUAGUCAACGUGGUGCUGCUGUCGUGGACGUUCUUCGAUCGGGAUGCGGCACCUACGCUGAGACCAAGGUCAACGAUGGCGUUUUUCCAACGUAUUUGGAAGGCAAACACACCGAACGAGUCACCAUUCACUAUUGCACUUCCUUGGGAUUGACAAAAGCAGGUGUCAUUCCUCCUCUUUCUCUUCCCCAGACGGGCUCUUCAGGAGGAGUUGCUUGGUCUUCGACAGCGGCAACGGCGUUGGGUAUGGCGGCCCCUACCAUGAACUAUCCAUGGGUUGUGGGUCCUGCGAGUGCUGCCACUAUGCCCGAACUAACUGCUGCACCCUCCUUGACUGCUUCGUUGGGGUUGUCUUCAGGAGCACUUGGCAAUCCAGUGUUCAGCAGCUUGUUACAGGAUCAGUUGUCAUUGCUCCCACCCGAGACUACAUCCAGUCGAAACCAGGUGCCAACAAUGACGACGAAUAGCAUGGUUUCACCUAACUUUGGCAGCACCUGGAACUAUCCUUGGUCGCAGGCAACACCUCAACUUGCCCCCACACAGCCGCAAUCUGACAACAGUAGUCAUCCUACUCCCAGUGCCGCCGGUGCGGUGAAUUCCGCUUACCAUGACAUUGUCAAACAGGAAUCUGCUGCUUAA